UUGUUCACUUUACAUUUGCAUCAAAUCGUCUGCGAGUUUUCCGUUUUAUUGACCAAGAGAAACUUUGGAACGUGUCAUUGGAAAACUGUAACAGCACAAAUGAGUCAUUUGUAACUCUGUAUGAUAAAGAUGACGGCGAUUUCCUAAAUAAGUUUGUGGGUAAUCUCCAAGGAAGCCCGUGGCUUGGUCUGCGUAAGAGUCGAAAGAAUGUUACCACUUGGUCAAAUGGCAUCCCUUUCAUGUCCAAUAAAUCAGAUGUGACUGUAACACAUGGGAUGCCAAUAUGUGGAGGUAUUGAACAGAGCAAGUGGACAGGUUUUAACUGUUCAGACAAAAAGCAUUUCAUGUGCUACAAGGAUAAUAAUUACAUCCUGAUUGAAAAUGAAAAAAAGAUCUGGUGUCAGGCACAGCUGUACUGCAGGAGAUACUUCACUGACUUGGUUAGCAUCAGUAAUGAAAUGCAAAACACACAAGUGAUUGAGGAAGGAAAGAACAAAACCUUUUGGAUUGGACUCCUGCAUGAUGAAUGGGAGUGGGUGGACAACAGCUGCUCAACAUUCAGAGAUUGGGAUUCUGAUGUUUCCAAUCAAUCCAUAAAGUGCUCAGCUCUGUCAAACUCAAAUAUGUCCAUGGCAGGAGCUGAGUGUGAUGAUGAAGACAAACCUACAUUUUGUUCCAAAGGCAAAGUGAGAAUCCAAGUCGUCCGCCUAAAUUUAACUUGGGAAAAAGCCUUCAACUACUGCGCGGAUAACCACACAAGCCUGCUGCAGAUUGAGGAUAGUGAAGAUCAGAGAGCUGUAGAACAAUGGCUUAAUCACACCUCUGGUGAUGGUCCAUUCUGGAUCGGUCUGAGGCAGAGUCGUGUCUUUGGGUUCUGGAUUUGGUGUGACAAGACAGUGUACUACAGCCACUGGAAGGACGGCAGACAGCCUGAGAUGCCCAUGUCUGACAACUGUGGUGUCAUCGACAAGACAGACUACACGUGGAGGGAUGAAAACUGUUGGCACGAGCACCCUUUUAUUUGCGAGGAGGAGAUUUCAUUCAUGAAUAAAUAGUCUAUAGUUCUAAAUCUGUUUGAUAAAUUGAAGUGAGGGUUGAUUCCCAAUCAUGGAAAUGAAACUCAGAAACAAAAUCUACUGAUUGUUAAUGGAUGUCUAUCUUGAAAUCAGUUGUUACAAUUUAACAUGAAGUUGUAUGUUGUAAUGAUAAAAUUUGCCAUUUUACUUUUACUACUUUAUAGCCUAUACUGUGUUACCAUUACUAUUAUUACUGUUAUUAUUUAGUGUAACUGUGUUAAAAGUUCAUUGCAGUUUGUAGUUAAUUAGAAGAAUAGAUCUUGAUCACCUGUAAAUAAUGGCAUAUUUUCAUCUGACAUUUUGGUGUCAAUUCCACUUGGGGCCACUUGUUCCAGUGAUAAUUUCAAAGCAUAUUCUACUUUUCUAGUGUUAAAAUCAAAUCCCUUCCAGAUAAUUUGCUUUCUUGCAAUAAAAGACAAUGAUUUUCCAAUCCAACCAGUGGGAAUGUUACCACAAACUAAGAAAUGUGUCUUGAUCAAUGCUUACUUGUAUAUAUGAAUAAAUC